AUGCCAUUCCCUACGCCUCUGUCUUGGGCGGAUACUACCGCCGUCGGCUUUGGUCCUCCUGAUCCUUCGACGGAUGCCGAAGUGACGGCGACGUAUGCUCAUUGUUUGGUACAUCGAUGGGAGGGAAGUCAUGUUGGCGAGCUGAACAUGGUGGGGUACAGCAAUGCCAAUUUUUGGGGCAAGGCUACUGUUCGUCGAGCGGAAAAAGCUCCUGCAUCACUGGUGCCAUAUGAAGCUAUUCGUAAGGAAAUGGAAUCUCUGUUGGGAAUUUCGGACGCUCCUAGUAGUGAGACUGUUCAGACCAUAAAAGAACCAUUAUCCUCGGAGGCCAUCGAAGCAGGAAGGACGUGGUUCGAGGAAUGGAUCAAAUCAGACCUACCAGACGGUGGCUGGGAACCAAGAGCAUUGAAUGAACUCUGCAAAACACUAGAAGGUUUGCGAAACCCUGACGACCCAAAGGCUGAAUUUGGGUCUCGAGCGGCGCAAUUGGAAUGUGAUGUUUUGAUUCAGUACUGUUUGGAAAAGGCAGGCUAUGUCGUACCAGAGCCCCAAUCCAGAACAAAAACCAACGCUCCACAGGCUAAAGACACGACAAUAUGCGAUGAAGACCGGGACACAGCUCUACGGGCAGCGGGCAGAGUGUCUUCGGCACACUCUAACUCAUUUCAGCAAAAUGGAAUCAUUAUCAUUCGGAAUGCACUGAUAGAUGGACCUGAAACUGUGUCCUCGGCGGCCGUCGCCUGUCGUUUGAUGGGUGCACCUGCUUGUAGGAAUUUCGAGCAAGAUGAUGGCUCACCUUCCGCAUAUGUCUACUACACCGAUCAACCAGAAACAGUGGGUGAAUUCGACCUGUCUCCAGGCGAUCUCUUGGUAUCCUCCUUCGAGAGAAUCAGCAGCCAUCAGGCCUCUCUUGUCACUUGGCAGGGAGCAUAUGUGGCUUGCUCCGCUGAGGACAACAAUGCAGUAUAUCGUGAUAUUCUUUUUGGGACCAGGGGUGAAACUCCCACCACAGUAAUCCAAUGGAGCAAAGGAACCAUCUUUUGAGACAGCUUCGUGUUGAAGGUUCUUCUGAGUUACUUAUAAGGAUCCUCGCUAGUCUCGCUCUCAAGCAUUGACUGAUGUCUCGACCAGAGACUACAAUGCAACAUGUCAGGGAUUACGACAUGGUGCGUCCAGAAUACCUAUCCAGGUACCACAGCGGCACCCGAUACUCGUUUGCUCGGUGCAGUUGCUUUGCGGACGAUCAUUUCUUUAGAAACACUACAGUGUGUACGCAACGAUAUCUUUUACUAUUCAUCAUUUACUAUGCACUUCGUAAAGAAGAGUAUUCGGGAACCCAGUUUUGAAGUUUCUAUCUGCUUCAUCUACCGCACGACCUCUUUGAACUUGAUAAACGGUGACAACCGCAGGUUCCUUGACACCUUACAUAAAAAACACGUACAAAAUACUUCA